GCUGUGUGGAUGGUGUCCGUGUGUAGAAGUUUGAUGUUCCGAGGACCUGCAGCUGGUGCUGUGCCACUCGCAGCAGGGGUGAGUCUUUGUCUUGCUGGUGGAACAAGACGCGUGCAGCAGCUAGUACAGCUACUACAACCAGAGCAACGAGGACCACAACCUCAACCACGUCAGAGCAGUGAAAGACGAAUUGGUGACACACACUGUCACCAGUGUGUUGUGCCUCUACAACCAAGCUCCUGCGCGGCCCCCGAGGUGCAGUUCUUGUGGUCUACUUUCUUAAAGUACCUCCUGCACGACAGCGACCCAAAUGGACGGGAGGGACCAUGUUGAAGAAGAAGGGUUCUUUGCCGCGGGGUCGUAAGCAAGUAGUUGUAAGUGAAAAUAUCAACAUGUUCUUCGCACCAGUAAAGCUAAAACUCGCUCUCGCGGCUUUCCUCCCCUGGCGAAGCAGAGGCUGCUAUUGGUGUCUCAAACCAGCCAGUACUAUCACAAACCUUAACCUGUUGAAAAAAAAAAAGGAUUUCAAAAUGAAUGUGAGCAGUAGAUGAGAGCGGCGCUCUCGUUAUGCAGAAAGUUGCUCCCAGCAACGACUAAGGCGAUGAACUACACGGAAAUGAUUUCAUGGAAAG